AUGACUUCGGCAAUAAAUGACAUGUACAAGAGACUGGAAGACUGUGUAGAUAGUCUGGAGAAGGAUGUAAGGAAAAGUUUGGAUAACGUGACGGGGGAAAAUUUUGACAAGACUGUGGCUGCCUUGGAAACGAGCAAGGAUUUCCACUACCAGGAAAUCCUGAGUCAGUUAAAACAGAUCAAAGACCGGAUUCAGGUCAUCGCGGAGCACAACCGGAGUCUUCAGUUGCUACAAAAGAAGAUCAAUGGGACUAGAAUUGACAGGAACUAUAUUAAAAGGCAAGUGGAGGUGUUUCAAAGGAUGGGGAUGGUGAACCGGCGGGAGCGCAAGCCGGUGAGACAUCCAGAGACCUCGUCCAUGAAGCUACUGGAAUCAUGGGAGAAGUUAAUCGAAGAACAAGAAACGAAUUCCAAUCUGGGGAAUUUUCUGUCGGUUCCGAAACGGACGAACUACGUCAGAAAAAACAAAAAAGUGAUUUCGUCCACCGUGGACACUCUUUUGGAAAGUUCCAAAGCGAAAAGCCUCUCUUUGGACGUUUUGGUUGAAGAAAGUGUCAAAGGGAAAGAUCUUCCAGUCCUGACGAAAUGUAUGUCUUCGGAUUCGUUAGCUUUGAGAAAAUUUAGGGAUGCGGAAGCCGUCAAUGAAGCGGUUAUUGAAGUUCCAAGCGAGGAAAAAUUUCGGGCGAAAUCACAAUCGUUCAGUUCGUCGUCGGACAAAAAUACGAGCCACCAGAAGCUCCAAAGUAUCACAAAAAGUGUGUCCUCGGAUGCCCUAAAUACCAAAACGACUGACAAAAAUGAGAUACCUGUCACCAAACAAGUGAUUCCGAAGGUUGUAGUAGACACCCACGACAAAUCUCCCGUUGAUACCAAGCCUCGAAUCGUCCAAGUCAUUUACAAAAAAAACUCCAACGGUCGCACUCCAACCCCGAAUCAUUAGUCACCCGUUAUCACUUAUCGCAAACAAGCGAUUAUCUUUCAAGUGGG